CCUAUCUUGAGCAGCUCUAGUGUGUUGGGCAUGAUGGCGGCACGAAACGGUUUUGUUGUAACAUGCCCGGGUAAUGCGGCCACGCUCAGUAUGGACAACGCCGAUUUGCGCGCUAGGAACGCAGAGCUAGAACGCGAAGUGUCAGCGUUGAAGGAGCAGGUGCUAGCGCUUCAGGCGGAGUUGACUGGGCGCGCAGCCGUUGGCGUCGAUGCUGCUGCCAUGGAUGGCUCUCCUAUCCAGCAGCAGCCCGCGCCCCAGCAGCACCCCCAGCCCGGCGCUCCCCCUCCCCCUCGCGCCCCGCCCCGCCACUCCCUCUCCCGCCCCCAAUGCGAGCGCUACAGCCGCCACCUGCUGCUGCCCUCCUUCGGCGUGGCGGCGCAGCAGCGGGUGUGCGGCGGCUCGGUGCUGCUGGUGGGGUGCGGCGGGCUGGGCGCGCCGGCAGCCAUGUACCUGGCGGCGGCGGGAGUGGGCCGGCUGGGGUUGGUGGACAAGGACACGGUGGAGGUGACCAACCUGCAUCGCCAGAUCAUCCACACCACGGGGCGGGUGGGCAUGCACAAGGCCCUCUCCGCCCGCCUCACCUGCAUCGCCAUCAACCCCACCAUCCAGGUCGAGCCCCACCUGAGCGGCCUGACCCCCUCCACCGCGGUGCAGCUGGUGGGGCGGUACGACCUGGUGCUGGACUGCUCAGACAACCCCGCCACACGAUACCUGGUCAGUGACGCCUGUGUGGUGGUCGGCCGGCCGCUGGUGUCCGCUGCGGCGGUGGGCACCGACGGACAGCUUACCGUGUACCACUACGGGGAGGAUGGCCCCUGCUACCGCUGCCUGUUCCCCGAGUCGCCCGCCCCCGAGAACUGCAGCCGCUGCGGGGAGGCGGG